UGUGAAAAAUACAAAAUGCUGCCCCUUUAGAGCUUUGAUUAGUUUUCUUGUUUAUUAGUAACGAGUUCACAGUGGAUCCAUUCACUGUAAACUAUUAUUGGUUUCUAAUUAUGUUCAGUAUACAAUUUUCUGCAUUUUUCUUUGCAUUUAUGACUCACUCAAUUUCUAAAUGUAUUAGAAUAUGCAAAUCAUCUUGAUCUUACUUGGUCAUGUUGAAUCAUUUUAAAAGUGCAUUCUUUUAAAAGGAUUAAUGUGGUUAAUCACAAUUUUUUAUUAUGGUUGAAAUUUCUCAGUUAUAUCUAGAGUAGAUACAUCUAAACUGAGCAGACAUUUUUAAAUAUAUGACUUUAUUAUCUUUUCUGCCAAAUAGAAAGAAGGAUGCUCUAGCCACUGUUUACUGGUGUAGUCAGGGACAGAUGGAAACUGUGUAAACUUUUAGCUACAGGGUUUUGUCAUUAUUUGUUUUUCUCAAACUGGUUUGUCAGUAAAGCCAUGGCAAAACAAUACUCAGUUUAACCACUAACUAGGCCAGGGUAUUGCUUCCAAGUUAUACUGACCUGCGUAAAAACUGCAGGAAAAGUCUGGAAGCACCAAUUAAAAUGCAUCUUGUGCUUUCCUCAUGUUGUCAGAAACUGAUCAAGCAUAACAGAUGAUGAAAAUAAGAAGUGCAAGCGUCUCAACACAAAAAGCCUAUAGAUUUCAAUCACAUUCUUGUUUUUCUACUGGGAGCAAUAGUGAGGAUAAGAAGCUGCCUUCAUGGCCUAUUUGUGAAUUAUUCAGAAGUCAACCAUGCUUGCAGAAUCCAGUUUCUUUUUUUGUCAUCAGGCUUGCCUAUCAGAUGUCCACAGCACCCUUGCAGCUGACAGGACACCUGACACACCCUCUGAAAAAGUCCCGCGUAACGUAUCUUUAUAAUGCUUCACAAAGGGCUGGUGAAAUAAAAAACUGUUUUGUUCCUGAUUGUAGGCUUGCUCUAGUAUGUUAUCAGCAACAAUAAUGACAGCCUCACAGUGGUGAGUGGCAUGUUUCACGUAUGACAGAAAUACAUGUUUGCAUCCAGUGGAAAUAAAUGCCACUGUCAGUUUUCACAAUGGAAAAUCUUCUGAUUGUGUUUCUCAUGGCCACCUGACAGUUCUGUUUUUGUAUUGCCAUUUAUCUUUUUUGUGGCCUACCUUUCUUUCUUUGGACUUAUUUCCAGAAAUAGUAAGUUAGGAGACUUUGCAGGCACAAGGAAGAACCUUUGCUCUUUGUCAGAGCUAUGCAAACAGAUGUAUCCUGGUUAUUAACCAUUUGCUAGAUGCCACCGAUCAUACCUCUCCACCCCUUAUUCAAACUAGACUUUGCUACUACAGCUCAAAACAAAGUAGGAAGUUAGAGAAAUGUUACCCAUGAUAAUGUAUUUGAUAAAUUUUUCAGCAAAUUGUAAGCCAGUCCACUCCUUGACAUGUUUGAUUUGCUGCAGCAUGGACACAAAAAACGUUUUUUUAAAGGUAUCAUUGAUCUGAACAUGUAGAUGGCAUUUAAAUAGUUUUAAGAAAAACAAGAGUGAGUCAGCAAGCCAAAUAUUGUCCCAUUGGUAUUUGGAUACUCUGUGGAUAGUAAAAGAAACUGCAUCUGACUUGCUACAGGUGGUAUAUGAAAUGCCCCGCCUCUCCAGAGCAAGGGAUGCAAAUAGGUACUCUAAAGCUAUCAUUUUACACUUGAUCCUUUGGGCAAAGAGGCGUAGUCAUUGGAUCACAGCAGCUCUUUUACAAUGGAAACCAGACAGCUUCAUGCAGCUGAGGCUUUUAGACAAUAGCUGAAAGGUUUAUUCAACCAACGUUUGCUGUCUUAUUUUUUUCAGCUAUGCCAAUUGCAGACCUUCUCGGAGUCCAGUUCGACAUGCAGCUGCUGGUGAAACUUAGUUUCUCUGCUGCUGCAGUGCUGCUGGUUUCUUGGGCCUACAGAUUCUACAGAUCUAGAGACGUGAGGAAAAUUAAACCUUGUGGCAAAGAAAACAGAGAGACAGAAAAUUCUGCCAGCCACGACUACAAGAGGACACAGCAGCAUCUCUGUUUUCAAGACAAGGACGAUGAUGCCAAGCAAGACUUAGUUACUAAUGACUUGGAAUCCAACAGCACCAAGGGAAUACUUAAUAAAUCUCAUCUACACCAAGUUGAAAAGAGUAAGAAUGUAUUUAGUAGUUUAAAUAAUGAUCAAAAUAAAUACAUAGGGAAGGAGAUGCUUCGUCAGGACCAACCAACUGUUUGCCCAAGUAAUAUUUCAAUUGGAUCUACUUUGAAGAUACAUGAUUAUGGAAUGGCAGCUAUUACUGGACGUCGCUCUCCUUGCCGUUUGAAGAAGCUAGAUGGUGGAGUGGGUGUGAGCAGAGAGUUAAGACAGGACUUGGAGCACCAGGGGGUCUACUCCAGCUUCCUCUCUAAGGCGGAGAUCAAAGUAGAAGAUGCCAAGGUAGUACUGGAAGGAUCAGGAGACAAGAUUGUGAGUGGAAAAAUAUAUGACUAUUAUGUUGAAUCUUCCUCUCACUCAAUAACAGAUUCAAAAACUUUGCCUGCCCAGUAUGAGCUGAACACUGUCUCAAAGAAGAACUAUGGAACAGAGGACACCAGCUUCAUUGAUUCUUCUGUAAGUCCUAUCAUUAUGCGUGAUUUGGUUCUUCCACAAAGUGCUGUUGUGGAAGACUCCUUGCAAGGACGCCUGAGGCACCCUGAAAGGCCUUCACUCCUACGCAAAGAGAGCUAUAUGUCUGCAGCAGAACAGUCUGAAUCUUCCAUCCAUUUUCGGAUUUCAACACAAUCAAGCCCAGUGACUCACCAUGGGGCCUCAGCAGAUAAUGAGACCAUCUAUCUUCAAAAAUCUACAGAUAAAGUACAUAAUAUGAAGGAGGCGACUGAUGUAGAGACUGUAGGAAGUGGUUCAUUCUCGGGUCUUCCAGCAGAAAUAUUCCUCAGCAAGGAUCUGGAAAUUUUGAAAAGUAAACUUAAUCUUGGAAACUGUUUGGAGAUACUUCAUCUUGCCAAGAAAAAGGGGCAAAAAUCUGUUCAGCAAGCAGCCCUGGAGGUCAUGUCAGACAACUACCUACAGGUGCUUCGGGACCCCAACCUUUAUGGACGGCUAAUGGCUGAUGAGCGGGAACGAAUUCGGAAGCAGAGAAUGAGAGCGAGAAGGUUUGUCAUAGUUGCAGAUAUGGACCCUCAAGAUUGCUUCAGAAAUACAGCAGCACAGAGAGCAAAAUCAGAACAGAGGAGCACAUCCAGUGCAAUGUACUUUUAUGAUGACUACAAAGAUGUCUGGCAUUCUCUUUGCCUGAUCCCACAGGAGGUCAUUUCUAAGGCCUGUGCUAUGUGCACAAUGGAUAACUACUUAUUUGUGGCAGUAGGUUGUCAAGGCAGUGACAGAGAAAUGACUCCCUCAAAGAGAGUGUUUUGCUACAAUCCUUUGACAUCCAUUUGGAAAGAGAUUUGUCCUAUGAAUGAAGCCAGGCCCCGCUGUAAACUGGCAGCACUGGAUGGCUACAUCUAUGCCAUCGGAGGGGAGUGUCUCUCCUCUGUGGAGCGCUAUGACCCCCGACAGGACAGAUGGACAUUUGUGGCUCCACUGCCUAAUGAUACCUUUGCUGUUGCACAUCAUGUGACUGUGUGCAGUGGAGAGCUCUUUGUUUCUGGGGGUACUCUUAGAUAUAUUUUACUUCGCUACAACCCCAAAACCAACACCUGGAGGCCAAGUCUCAUAGUAGGCAGCAAAGAUAGAUCUAUAGAUAUGGUUGCUGUGGGAAGAUUUCUCUACAGAUUUGACAUAAACCCAUUACUGGGAGUCAGUGUGUUCCGCUACCAUACGGUGGCACGGCUUUGGUAUGAGUGCAGCACCAAGCGAAUUCUGCACUGCCCGGCCUUCCAGUGUGUCGCAAUGGAUGGCACAGUUUACUGUCUCAGCCGACACUUCACCAUGAGAUUUGACGCCGAUGAGAUCUCUCCUGCUUUUGCAGAUGAGGAGUUGAGUGUCCUCUCUGAAGCAAAGGGCUUACUCUUCCCCUUUAUCCUUUCACUACCUGAUAAGAAUCCUCGACAGACAAGUGUGUAAAAAGGACUACGCUUUUUUUGCUGAUAAGAUUUGGUAGUUACUGAGUACUGGUACAAGAGUUAUUACAUUAGGGUAAUAACUGACUGGGGGGAUUUUAUUGUCUUACAAAAAAUAUCACCACAAGCUGGUAAGCCAUUUACUUGAAAUGUUAUUACUAUACCCUCUUCAUAAAACCACAGCACAUCAGUUUAAUAAAUAACUUUAUUUUGUUUUUUGGACUAGAUAUUAAACAAAGAUGUGUUGUUUGUUAUGUUCUAUCCUUGGCAGUAGAUAUAAAAGAUUAGACUUUUAAUGAUAGUCAAAUUACUAUUUGCUUAGAUUUACGCAGGAAUUGCUGCCAUGUUAAUUGUUUGCUGCUUUGAUUUGCCACUUCUUUCUCCCAUUCUGGUAGUUUAAUGCCAUCCCAGAUGCCUAACUUCAUUCCACUAAAAGGUAAUUCAUAUAAACAAUCUAGAGUAAAUUAGUUAUUCAAAUUUGAAGACUCAGAGUUUGUGCAAUAAACUGAUAAUUUACCUCUGUGCUCAUCUGUGUGAGUCAUGAGUAUAACUUAUGCAGUGGUCUGGAUACAAUGCUAUUAUCUGAAGCUGCUCUUUAAGGACAUGACAGAUUGUAAAUGGCUAUGCCAUACGAAUGAAUGGUUUGCUUCCAAAAGAUUUGUCACAUUAUAAUCUCUGCAGCAUUUACAUUUUUGCAGGUAUUUAACACUUUAAUAAUUCUUCUUUCAUGUCAAAAAAUGCUUUAUCAACUCAUUAAAUGGAAUCAUUUUCUUGUAACAGUCAGACAUAUUUACCUUGUAACCUAUUUUUAUAAACAUCAAAUAAAAACA